AUGCUAAACUUCAAACUCCACCAAGAAGCCACAACGAAUCCAACUCGGUCGAAUCCGAGCGACCCCGACGUAAGCGGCGAUCAGUGUCCGAAGGUGUACGCGGAAACACCACCUAAAAGGGGAAACAACGAGGCACUUAUUCGGAUCAUCGUCGACUGCCGAGAAACCGGUCACCACCGCACAUUUUCACGGAUGCUCCGCGCUCGGGGCGCCGAUAGAUCUUCGAAAUCGAUGCGCGUUUAA